AUGUACAGUGCUCCCUCUUGCGAUGAAGUUGCUGCUUUAAUUGUUGGCGAUUUUGAUUCGUCGGAUCAUGGUCGUGACAUUAUUGUUCGAUCUACUGCUGGUCGGUUGCAACGUAUAUAUGAAACUCAUGCUCUAUAUUGGCCCUUACAGUAUCCUCUGUUGUUUCCAUAUGGUGAGGAUGGUUAUCAGUUGAACAUUGGUUAUCGAGGUCAACAGUCUGGAUAUAUUCCUGGAAGGAGAACAAGAGUUUCUCUCAGGGAAUUCAUAUGUUUUCGUCUGCAGAUUAGGGAGCAUGAAGAUGGAAUUAUUCACAAGUGUAGGCGGUUGUUUCAACAAUUUGUUGUUGAUUGUUUCACGAUGAUUGAGUCCCAGAGGUUGUAUGAGAUUAGAAUGAAGCAAAGUACAAUUAGAGGAGAAGUUCUUCAAGGAAUAGAGGAGGCUAUGCGUCGUGGUGAUGAUGAGGCUUCUUCAAUUGGGACACGAAUUAUUUUGCCUUCCUCCUUCAUUGGUGGUAAACGUUAUAUGUUUAACCGUUGUCAGGAUGCCAUGGCAAUUUGUAAACAUUUUGGCUAUCCAGAUUUAUUCCUCACUAUUACAUGUAAUCCAAAUUGGCCUGAAUUCCAGCGGUUCACAGAGCGAGAGCGAAUUCCCAUCGCUGAUCGUCCUGAUAUCUCUUGUCGUGUUUUUCAUGCUAAGUUGAAGUGCCUCCUUAGCGAUCUGAAGGAAGGUAUGUAUACUAUUGAGUUCCAAAAAAGAGGUCUACCUCAUGCACACAUGUUACUCUGGCUUAAUGGAGAAAGCAACUUACAAAGUGUUGAAAUUGUUGAUGAAUUCAUUUGUGCUGAGUUACCCAAUCCACAGAAAUUUCCAUCUCUUUAUAAUGUCGUCACCAAGUACAUGAUCCAUGGUCCCUGUGGUGCACUUAGACCGAGUUCUCCUUGCAUGAAAGAUGGUAAGUGCUCAAAAUUUUAUCCAAAAAGAUUCGUUGACCAAACGAGUUUUGAUGAAGAUGGGUAUCCAAUAUAUAGACGUCGUAAUAUGGGUGUGACAGUGAAAAUCAACGAUGUUGAUAUUGACAACAGAUUUGUUGUGCCAUAUAAUCCGCUGUUGUUGAUGAAAUAUCAAGCUCACAUAAAUCUUGAGUUUUGUAACAAGUCAAAUGUCAUUAAGUAUCUUUUUAAGUAUGUUAAUAAGGGUCCAAAUCGGGUGACUGCAACUGUUGGAGAAAGAUAUGAUGUUGGUGAAUCUUCUCAGGUGGUUGAUGAGAUCAAACAGUAUUAUGAUUGUCGUUAUUUGUCACCUUCUGAAUCCAUGUGGAGGAUUUUUGCUUAUGAUAUUCAUCAAAGAUGGCCGUCGGUACAGAGGUUGACUUUUCACUUGCCAAACCAGCAACAUGUUGUAUUCGAUGAUGCUGAUAGCACUACUCAUGUUUAUUUGCGCAACAAAGAUUUGCUUACGAUGUUUACGAGUUGGAUGAUGGCCAAUAGGCGGUUCACGGAGGGGCGGUCUCUAACAUAUGUUGAAUAUCCAGGUAAAUUUGUAUACUGUUUGAAGAGCAGGGAGUGGAAACCAAGACAGAGGGGAUUCUCUAUUGGAAGACUGAGUUUCGCUCAUCCCUCCUCCAGUGAACUUUUCUACAUGCGGAUGCUUUUGAAUGUGCAGAGAGGUUGUACCAGUUUUCGAAGUAUAAGAACUGUGAAUGGUGUUACUUAUGAUACAUUUCAAGAGGCAUGUUCUGCCAUGGGUUUCUUGAUAGAUGAUAACGAGUAUGUUUCUGCUAUUAAGGAAGUCGCCGAGUUAGCGUCAGCUGCACAGUUAAGGAGGCUUUUUGUGAUCUUGCUGCUAUCUGGUUCCAUGGGAAGACCUCUAUCAGUUUGGGAGCAAACUUGGGCUUAUUUGUCUGAUGAUAUUCUUUAUCGCAGAAGACAUGAGCUGCAAUACCCUGAUCUAACUAUGAGUCAGGAUGAGUUACAAACGUUUGGUUUGUUGGAGAUUGAGAAACUAUUGCAGAGUAAUGGAAAAUCAUUGAGAAAUUAUGCUGGUAUGCCGGUUCCUGAUAACUCUUUAGUCUCUCAAUUUAGCAAUUUGAUGCUACUACGUGAGUUACAGUAUGAUACUGUUUCUUUGUCUCGUGAGCAUGAUGCAAAUAUAUUAAAGUUAAAUGAAGAACAGAGGGUGGUCUACGAUAAAGUUAUUGAUUGUGUUUCGAAUAAGAGACAUGGAUUCUUUUUUGUGUAUGGGUUUGGUGGCACUGGAAAAACUUUUUUAUACAGAGUUUUGUCAGCUAGAUUGCGAUCUGAGAAAAAGAUUGUUAUUAAUGUUGCUUCUAGUGGUAUUGCUUCUCUGUUGUUACCGGGUGGUAAGACGGCACAUUCUAUGUUCAAUAUUCCCGUUGAGAUUACUGAAGAUACUGUUUGCCGGAUUAAGAAGGAUAGCCCAAAGGCUGAGGUAUUUCGAAUUGCCGAUUUGAUUAUUUGGGAUGAGGCACCCAUGACUAACAAAUUAGCAUUUGAAGCGCUCGAUAGGACGUUGCGGGAUAUAAUGGUUUCGGUCUCUGAUAGGAAUAAAAAUUUACCUUUUGGUGGGAAGGUGGUCGUUCUUGGUGGUGAUUUUAGGCAGGUCUUGCCAGUUAUUCCAAAAGGUUCGCGUGCUGAGAUUGUUAUGGCUUCCAUAAAUUCUUCUGUUCUUUGGAAAUAUUGUGAAGUUUUGCGACUAACAAAAAAUAUGAGGUUAGGAAUCAGGUUUGAACAAUCAACUGCUCAGGAGUUAAGGUUGUUUUCAGAUUGGAUACUUCAAAUCGGGGAAGGUCAUUGUGGAACAGUGGUCAACGAGAAACUUUUUGUUGAUAUUCCUUCUGAUCUAAUCAUUCCUGUCUUGGAAAAUCCAGUGGAAGAUAUUGAUAGGGCAAUAUUGGCUCCGACUGUUGAGAAUAUUGAAGAGAUAAAUAAUUAUAUAGUUGAGUUAUUGCCUGGUGAGGAGAAAAAUUAUCUCAGUGCUGAUUCGAUAUGUGGUAGUGAUGCCUAUUCUGAUGUUGAUGUUGAUUGGAUAACUGUUGAAUUCUUGAAUCAGAUUAGGUGUUCUGGUCUACCUAAUCAUUUGUUAAAGUUGAAAAUAGGUGUUCCUAUUAUUUUGUUGAGGAAUAUUGAUCCGGCUGGUGGUUUGUGUAAUGGGACUCGACUUGUCGUGCGAGAUCUAGGGACAAAUGUCAUUGGUGCAGAUAUUGUUUCUGGUAGCAAUGUUGGGGACAAAGUUUUUAUCACCAGAAUGAGUAUGAUUCCUAGUGAUACGGUUAUACCGUUUAAAUUCCAACGUCGUCAAUUUUCGGUUUCUCUGUCCUUUGCGAUGACAAUCAACAAGAGCCAGGGUCAGACGUUAUCAAUGGUCGGUUUGUUCUUGCGUCGUCCUGUGUUUUCUCACGGUCAGCUUUAUGUAGCUCUUUCCCGAGUUAGGAAUAGAAAUGGUCUUAAGAUUUUACUUUGUGAUGAAGGAUUAGAUGAUGCUGGUAGGACUGAAAACGUUGUAUUUAAGGAAGUUUUUGAUAAGGUAUAA